GAGAGGGGGAGGGUUAUGACCUACCAUCCCAUUCUUAGAACGACUGUGUAAGAAAAGGAUUAUCGUCAUCCUUUUUUAGAGGAGGAAAAAUCAAACCUUAGAGAGGCUAGGUAAUGGGUCCGAGGUCACAGAGCUAAGUUGUAUCAGCCUCCGAAUUUGAAUGAAGAUUUGUCUGCCCUCUCCCUCCCUCUGUGCCCGUGAGCAGUGGUGUGUGGAGGAUAGCUCAGAUGGGGUUACAAUGCUCCCCUAGGCUCAGCAUGGGUUCCAAGCUGCCUGAGACUUGGCCAGCUGACCAGAGAAGAAAGAACUUUUCCUCAAGGUAGAAAAGGAAAACUGGAAUUAAUCCACGGGUAAAGCAAAGUCUCCUUCCAGCCUGGAUGCCGACUGGUCAGCUGUAACGAAAAUCUCACAGUCCACUGCUGGCACCAUGAACCCAGAACCUCAUGGAUUCAGCUCAGAGAGCCAAGACAUCACUGAGGGUAUCAUUGAGUAUCUCAAGAACAAUUUGACGGAAGAGGAGCUGCAAAACCUGCUGGCUGAAGACCAAAACUUGGAGAGCAUCAAAGCUGAGGUCGACUUGUCCAGGGAUGAGGAAGAUGCACUAUACGAAGCUCUGAACCAGCUCAGAAAAGAAAUAGCCACAGAAGACAAAGAUAGUCUUCAAAAAGAACAGCAGCAUAGACACCAAUUUUUGCAGGAGUUUCCUAGGGUGAAAAUGAAGCUUGAGGAGCAUAUAAGAGAGCUUCACGCCCUUGCAGACAAGGUUGGCAAGAUACACAGGGACUGCACCAUCUCCCACAUUGUGGCCAAUUCCACCAGCACCGUCUCUGGCAUCCUGACCAUUCUUGGCUUGGCUCUGGCACCCGUGACAGCAGGGGUCAGUCUUCCAUUGUGUGCAACUGGGGUGGGGCUGGGAGUAGCUGCUGCUAUCACCAGUGUUUCCACCAGCAUUGUGGACCACUCAGCCAGGUCAUCAGCAAAAGCCAAAGCCAGCAAGCUGAUGUCAACUGGAGAUUGUGAACAUGCUGUGAAUGCUGUGCGUCCAUCACUUGUUUCCACCACAGAGAGUUGCAACCAAGCGUCGUCAAACAUCAGGAAGAACGACCGUGCCAAAGAGCUAGCCAAGCUCCUAGUAACCAAUCACAGGUGUCUCAUGACCAGUGGGACUAUCUCGAUCCAGAUAGGUAAUCCGGUGCAAAAAACCAUUGCAAGCACGGCUCUGAAAAUGGCCAAAGGAGCUAGGGUCAUGGGUAUGGCCACUGUAGGUGUCUUCCUUCUGAUAGAUGUAGUCAGUCUUGUGCAAGAGUCAAAGCACUUGCACGAGGGGGCGAAGACAGAGUCAGCUGAAGAGCUGAGGGAGCAGGCUCGGGAACUGGAGAGGAAGUUAGAGGAGCUCACCGAGAUCUAUAAGAAUCUGCUAGGGACUGACUCAAUGACCCCCUGAGCAGUGCCAGGAGCAGGGGAGGCUGUCACCAGUGUGGAAGCAUUUUAUUUCAGGGAAAAGAGGGUGAGAUAGUUUAUGUAACUGAGUAUUAAGGAGUUUGGUCUUUCUGUAGCUGAGUAUGGGAAGGGAAGGGUUAAUGCAUACAGAAAGUGGGUUCAAGGCAAGGUAGGAAAUGGAGCCAUGGAGGCUAGAUGAACCCCCAAAAUCAUUGCCCUGAGAUAAUCUUAAACCUUAAACCAAAAAUAUCCCCUCAAGUCUUCUUAAAAUCAUACAAUAGUUU